GGCUGUUAGGUUGCCAUGGUUACCGGGGUGAAAGUCCCCGCCUUCCCAGUGGAGGAAGCUUCUGGUUGGCUCGGCGGCUCUGUUGCUAUGGAGACUGGGAGGUGGGCGGGAUCUCGGUUUAGAAGCUGGCGGCUGAGGCCUAGCCUGGUUGCCAUGGAGACGCGUCGGGCCUAGCUCGCCUCGAGAAGCCUGAGGCCGGAUUGGACUGAAAGGAGGAGGACAAGAGGCAAUGAAGGCUUUCUUGAAGAGUCCGGAUAGCAUUUUCGCCCUGAGGCCAAAAAUCACUCUCAUCGGAAGACAUGAAGACGCGGAUAUUGUCCUUAAGUCCGUAGGUGUCGAGGAUCACCACGCGGCCCUCGAAUUCAGCGAGGCGGAGAACAGCUUCGUCCUCCGGGAUUUCAACUCAGCCCAGGGCACCUUUGUCAACGACUGCCAGGUCCAGAACGCGGCGGUGCGAGUCAGCCCAGGGGACCUCUUGCGCUUUGGCGCAAGCAGCACUGCCUUCGAGCUGGCGCUGGACAGCGCCCCGCAGGUCUCCUAUCCUCCGGUGAGUCGCCGCCUGGCCUGGCCAGGGCAGCUCCAGGUUGUUACGGAGACAAAGACCCCUCCGGCGACUGUGACAACUUCGCAAUUUCCCGUUCUUCCGUCUCCACGUUCGUCUCCGGUUUCCCAGAACUGGUCCUACAGGCCCAGUGGAGCAUCUCCUCACCCACCACGCCAAAAGAGACCCCUGAACGCAUGGGGCAGACCCAUCACAUCACCGUCGUUCUCUCCGGAUGCCUUCGCCCGGCCUUCGCCCAUUGUCGAAGGGAACGGGUUUUCCAGGGGACCCCUGACCAAAGUCCAUCAAGGUGAUGCACUUCUCAAGGAGAGGGACGACGUGAUUUCAAAACUCGGGAGCGAAAUCAGCCGCCUCUCCGCCUUUGAGAGCGAGUGCGGUCGCAAAGAUGUGCUGAUUGCUGAGCUCCAGGCAGAGAUUGUGGCAUUGAAUGACCGGUUGGCAGCACCGAAAGCAGAGUUUCAACAGAAGUUGGUGGCCCUCGAGGAAGAAGUGGUUGCGAAGGCUGAAGAGAUUAAAGCUUUGAGAGAGCAGAUCAACAACUUGCAGAAAAACACCAGCGAGGUCUUGUGUCAUUCCAUUUCUGAACGGGAUCUGCAGAUUGCGCACUGGAAGAGCGAGAUGGAGACGCUGAAGAAGAGCUAUUCCAUGACCACAGGGCUGGUGACCAGUUUGCAGAAGGACGUGACCGUGAAGGACCAGAGGAUCCAGCAGCUCAAAACGGACACCGAGAAACUGAAGAGGGAGAUCCGGGAGAAGGACAACCAACUUGCUCGCGUUUCUGCCCAGUGUUCGAGGAUUAAAGAGGAAAUGAAGCGGGAACUCCGGGAGAGAGAAGCCAACGACUACGAGAACCGCAUUUCGGAGCUGGAGCUCCAUGCGAGGCGGUCAGAAGACGACCUGAAAAAGUCCCAAACAGAGCAGGAGACUUUGGCCAAACAGCUGGCACAGAAGAGCAAGUCCGAAGGAGCGCUGCGGGAAGAGUGCGCAUACAGGUUGCAGCAGUUGCAAGAAAUGGCGCGCCGGGAGCGGCUCAUCAGGUCGGACAUGGAUCUGGCCGCGACACAGGCACAGUCCUUUAGGCACCAAAUCACCGAAAUACUGUUUUUCCAACUUCCAGAGGAGUCGGUGACAGAGCAGCAGAUUGUGGAGAAGAUCAAGCACAUCCAAGCCGCCAAUGUGGAAUAUUGCCAGAAGGAAAUCGAGUUGAGGGAGGAGAUGCGAGCCAAAAGAUCUGAAACAGAGCAAGUGUCCGCAAACGUCGAGACGUUGAAAGACGCCUUGGAGGGAGUCCAGGACUUCUUGCAAACUCCCUACUGCAGCCAUAGUUUGCGGACAAAGGUCUCCGACCUUCAGAACGUCCACCUGACCCCACCAGCUUUGGACGUCCAAGCCGCGACGGUCCAAAUCCUGGGCGAGUUGUUGAACUGGGUCGAGGCGACGGAAGGUCUCAUUUGGGACUUGGAGCUGGACCUGUCCACCUGCGAAAAAGGAAUGUCCUCCUACAUGAAGACGCUACGGGACCAUCACCACAACAACAUAGCCCGGCUUCGGACGGUUGAGGAAGCUCAGGAGAUGUUCCUGCAGGAAAAGCUGAAGAAGAUGAAGGACAAACUCCAGGAGGAGUUCCGAGGGAAGGAGAAGGACCUUCAGGAAGUUGAGAAGGAGCACCAAAAGGUUUUGGAGGGUAUGAUUGCCUUGGAAGAAACGAAAUGGAAGGACGCCGUUGAGGAAGAAAAGAAGAAGGUCAAAGCAUUGGAAACUCAAGCGAAACAAUUGGCUGAGGUAAUAGAACAGAAAGCCAAAUCAGAGUCAAUGUUACACGCCAGGAUAACAGAGACUCUGGAGGACUUCGAAGCGGCUAAGAGAAGAAAGACAUUUGCGGAAGAGAAGCUCCUGGUCUGCGAGAAGCGCCUCCGAGGCCUAGAGAACGAGAUGGAGGCGCAGAGGCGGAAGCAUCUGAAAGAGAUAUCGGAAUACAAGGAGCAGGUCAAGCAACACUCCCAAACCAUUGUGCAUUUGGAGAACAAGCACAUGAAAACCGUCCAGCGCAUGGAGAAGGCGAGAGAGGAGAACGGGACGCUUUGGCAGCAAACAGGAGAAAUGCGGAGAGAGCCUUGCAAAUCCUUUUUGCCUGAACCCGCGUCUCCAGAAAGGUCCCACGUUUUCUUGAAGGAAGAAUUGGAAGCCGCCAAGCGCCGAAUCCUAUCCGACGAGGCCGUCAUCGCAGGAUUGAAGAAGGAGCUCGCAGAAGCCCGGGCCAGAGUCUCCGACGCAAUCGGGGAACUCAGCGAAAAACAGAAAGUGGAGCUGGAGCGGAAGCAGAGUCUGGUCCAGAGCCAGUUGCGUGAGAUCAACGAUCUUCAGGAGGAACUAUUGAAUACGAGGACUCUUGUGGGGCAGAAGGACGCCGACCUCCAAGUUGUCAGAGAAGAAUUACGGAACAUCCGAGAGAAGAUGAAAGAAGCGACGAAGCAGAGAGACGGGCAGCACAAGGCGGUACAGACAGAAGCCCCCCAAGUGGAGGACGCGGUCGGGAAGGGACCGGUCUUGGCGCUCUCCGAUCUGGGCUUGCGAUGCAAGGGCUCUCGACACGAGGAGACCAUCCAGCGCCAGAAAGAGGCCCUGGCCGAGUUGCGGCACCUGGUCAAGGCCCUCGAAAAGGCCUGCCCUUCGGAUUCAGAAGAAAGAAAGCCGGAGGCCCUGAUCGUGUGCAAGAAAAGCUCCGCAGAGAAGACAGAGCUGAAAACAGAGACAGGACAAGGGACGGGUUUGGCGACAACCGCAGAUACCAAGCUCCAAAGCCGAGUAGACCCCAACGUAACCAUUGAGCGGACUGCAAGGCUGGAAAUGGCCGAUGCGCUGGACCUGAGUGAGAACAUGUAUCUUGACGUGAUGCGGGACCUGGCCAACCUGGCGGACGUGAAGGAACUGGCGGGGACACGGACGGUCAUGCAUCUCCCGCGUGACGAAAGGGAAAAGCUCAAGCUUCUGCGGCAGAAGGACCUCCGUCUCCUCUGCGGGAAGAUCGGCCAGAUGAAGAGCCGCCUGGAGAGGAAGGAGUCGCUGCUGAAGGAGUACGAGAAAGACGUCGGGAAGCUCAGGGCCAACCAUCAAACGCUGAGAGCCUGCCAGUCCGAGAUUGCCAAACUGGGGGACCGGAUCUACCAAGAGAAGGAGGAGAAGGCUCUUCUGAAGGAAGCCCUGGAGAGGACCAGGCUGCAGCUGAUCCAAGAGCGGCGGCUGAACCGGGCCCUCAAGCAGCACAAGGUAGCAACCCCGAAGAAGUUUCCCGAAAUCCCCAAAACGAUUGAAGGCAGAGAGAAAAGAGUCCCUUUCAAGGAUGCUGCGUGAAAGGAGAUGGGAUGACCCUGUAAAUAUGAGAGAAGUUUUAUAAAAACCCAGUUGCCUUUUUUUUGUA